CUUUCGGGGCAUGGUGACGACAUGCUCUCCUUUCAAUCGCGAUACUGCCAUCACUUCCAUUCAAUUCCCAGUCUCCCUUUUCUUUUCCUCCAAACAGGCCUUGUUUGUUUAGCUCUUCACAUUUUCCCGGAAUUUUUCUUGGGAUUCGAUGGAACUCGAUUCCGCCCAGAGCUCGAUUUGGGUAUUCGACUAUGGCUUAGUGGAGGACAUUUCCGCCGUGCCGGGCGGAGACUUCGGGCUGCCGCCACUGGGUACCGCCUGCUUCAGCUGGCAGCCGGAGGCCCUCAACCGUUGCUCUAACUUAAGGUGGUCUAUAGAAGUUUUUGAAGCAUGUAAUGGACAUCUAGUUGGACCAGUUGAAUUCAAAGGUGCGGAAAUUGACAGCUGUUUUGCAGACUCAGAAAGCCCGAAGGAAACUGGCUCAAGGAAACGGUUAAGGUCUGAAUCAUGCUCUGCAUCUGGCUCCAAAGCAUGUCGGGAGAAAUUGCGAAGAGAUAAGCUGAAUGAGAGGUUCCUGGAAUUAAGUUCUGUUCUGGACCCUGGAAGGCCACCAAAAGCCGACAAGGGUGCCAUUCUGAGUGAUGCUGUUAGAAUUGUGACUCAGCUAAGAAGUGAAGCACAGAAACUAAAGGAGUCAAAUGAGGAUUUGCAAGAGAAAAUCAAAGAGCUGAAGGCUGAGAAGAACGAGCUUCGCGAUGAGAAGCAGAAGUUAAAGGCAGAUAAGGAGAAGCUCGAGCAGCAAGUCAAAUCAGUGAGUGCACUGCCAGGCUUCCUGCCUCAUCCCUCUGCUAUACCAGCUACAUUUGGCGCCGAGGGCCAAGCUGCUAACAAGUUAAUGCCUUUCAUCGGUUACCCUGGUGUUGCCAUGUGGCAGUUCAUACCACCUGCUGUGCGCGAUACAUCUCAGGAUCACGUACUCGGCCACCUGUUGCUUAAACUGGAGAAUCUGAAGGUUUGGCUGUAUUUCUCCACCCGGAGAUUGCCCCUUUCUUUCUAUUCUCCAACUGCUCUGGACCAUUUGAUGUUGGUUUCUCGAAGUAGGGAAAUCCUGAUUUGCUGGACAAUUCAUGUGUAGAAACUGAUUACCUCAUGUUUCUGCUGAUUGCAUGUAAAUACAAUAAGUGAAUACUGUGGUUCUCUUUUGUUGCCAUGCACUUGAACAAACAAAUCAUGUGCAUGAUCUCGUCAAUUUAUCUUGAAUUUCGACUGUUUUGAAGAAGCAUAUGCUUGAAUGACAUGAGUUAAGAGUUAUUGUGCCUAA